AAAAGGUUGAGAGAGAGAGAAACGAGAAGAAGCCCUCUCGAGUCGCGUUGUCAGAAAACUGAACAAAACUGUAGAGAGAGAAACACAGCGAAGAAAGAGAGCGUCGAAAUCCUUGGCAGCUAUGAAUCCUAGCAAAAUAGAAGACGAUCUCUUUCAUCAUCAUCAUGACCACCUGGACCCUCCGAUCAUGGACCAUCCAAACGAAUCACAACCGUCGAUUCUCGAUCACCACCACCAUCAUCAAGAGCCCUUCUCGAUGUCCGAGUUCGUCCUCUUCCGCUCCGACGACGACGACUCAGUGAGUCACACUUCCUCCGACGCCGACGAUACCACCACCGCCUCCGCCGCCGCCAACAACCAGCUCUCCACCGUCCUCGCCGCCGCUAACGACGAUUUCCCCCAAAACAACAACCCUAGGGUUUACAUUAACCCCGAACCUCACAUAUCGACUCAAUUCUACACAUUCAACGCCGAAUCUCACUCUCUGAUGAUCAAUUGCAUACUCGAAUCUCGCCUCGCGACUCCCGAAGAGAUCAGAGCUGCGACGCCCAGGCCUGUGCUCGCGAGCUGGAGGGCCGUUUGGAAGGACCGGAACGAAGACACGGCGUACCUAACAGCGUGGAAGCGAAUCCAAGACAAGCUCAACGUCCAUGUCGAUCCUCACGGUAACGAAUUCUUGUGUUUCAAGAACAAUUCGAAUCAAUUUGUUUCGCAUAUUAAUCAGUGGCAAGACAUAGUUAUGAGUUUUCAUGGUGAUGCUGACUUGAAACACUUAGGGCUUAAAGAAACUAUAGAGAGAAUUAAACAAGCGUGGACUGUAGGUGCUAAAUUUUAUGGAAUUCCUGAAAUUUAGUCAUUUAUUAGGGUUUGUGUUGCCGAAUGCCCUGUGUGCUCUGAUUCUUCCGGGUCAAUGCAAAGGACUAAACGGCGACGGUUUGAGUACACGGAGUCAUUUGAUGUGCCAGCUAAGGAAGUGCCACACAAGUUACAACAAUUGGCAGCAAAACAUAAGGUUGUGUUGUGUAUUAGGCAGAAGUAUAUUAGGUAUAAACCAUUUAUGGCAGAGGUUAAGGAUUACGCGUGUCAUCGGGCUGGAGAGCCAGCGUCGUCGAAGAAAUCGAAGAUUUUGAAGAGGGAACCGUAUGCAUCAAAGCGUUGCGGUUGUGGGUUUCGGAUAAGGGCAAUUGUGCCAAUUGCUAAUUACAAUGAGAAGGAUAAGACAUUUGUGUAUCAAGAAGAAGGGGUGGCGGUAUUUAAGUUGUAUGCGGUGCAUUCGGGGCAUGAACCUGGACCGUUAGAUGGCAACGCUAGGAUUAUGCAUCGAGUGGUGGGACAUAAAGGGGGAUAUUUGAUGGAUCCAGAAACAGUGUACGGGAUGAGCGAGGAAAUGGAAAAUGAGGGUUUUGCAUUCAUGGGAAAGGAUGAAGGGGAUCUGCAGCAGUCGGUUCUACAGCAAGUGCAGGAAUUGAGGAAUGUAAUUGGGUCGCUUGAAGGGAGAAUUGCAAAAAUGCCUCGUGAGCAAUUGGGGUCAGUCUCACAAGAAUUGUAUGAUGCUGUGAAUAAACUUAGAUCGAUAGGUGAAUAUAGUUUAAAGCCCAUUGGAUUGCUUUCUGACAAGUCGCAUUCGGAUGAUUUGUUGGUGGGAGAGGGCGAUUUGGCUGAUUGGGAUGAUCAUCACCACGAAAGGAUAUAUGGGGAUGGUAAGGAUGGAGAUUUGAUUGACGAAGAUGAAGACAGCUUUGGGCGAACCCUCGGGGAUGUUGCGUCUUGGGAUCAGAUGAGAACAGAGUGUAGGAGCGAGAAGAAUCUGCUGGGCGAUUCUUGCAAACCUGAAAAGUGGCUGAAAUGUGGGGAGUUCGAUGAGAAGAGCAUUCUUGACUGCGAGGAUUCCAAAUUAACCAAGCCCAUGAGGCAUGACGAGAAUAUAGUAUCAGAUGUAGGUCUUGUUGGUAUACAGGUUGACAGUUUCUAUCCGGAUAAUCCUAAAUGGUAUGAUUCCCCUUGUGCGUUGGACUCCACUACAGAUUGUGGUGAUAGUGGAUUCAGGCAUGGGGAGAUUGUGUAGAGUCUUAUAGAGUUGGGUUAACCCACUCUAACAUAAUAAUCAGGAGUUUGUUAGGUGCCAUUCAUUCCAUUUUCACAGUUGGAAGUGGGUUGUAUAUUUAUGUAUACAGAAGAUUGGAGCCUCUCACAUGCUUUUAGGUGUCCUUGCUGUAUGUGGUUCUGUAAAGUAUAGCCGCUUGGCUUCUCUACACGUAUUUUCUUUUAUAACUUUUUGUUUGCCAUGUUAUGGCCUUCAACUUUUGAAAGCUUCUUUCCUAUUCCGUUUUUAGUGUUACCUGAAAUUCUUCCUUUUCAAGGUAUUUUGAGAUAAUUUAAUUUUGUUGUUAUUUUACUUUCCUUUUAUAUGUAUCUAUCUUUCUAUA